UUAGUGAAGUUAAACCAGUCACUACAUUCAUACAUCCUUCAGACUAUUAAACACUCCAGAUCAACACAUACAUAUUGUGUUUGUCCUCUACACAGGCUACAGGGCUGUAAUCUCACUGUUCAGUCCUGUAAGAGUUUGUCUUCAGCUCUACAAUCCUCAAACUGUGUGCUGAGAGAGCUGGACCUGAGUAACAAUGACCUGCAGAAUUCAGGAGUGAAGCUUCUCUCUGAUGGACUGAGGAGUCAACACUGUAAACUGGAGACACUGAGAUUGGCCAUGUGUUAUUUCACUGUUCAGUCCUGUAAGAGUUUGUCUUCAGCUCUUAAAUCCUCAAACUGUGUCCUGAGAGAGCUGGACCUGAGUAACAAUGACCUGCAGGAUUCAGGAGUGAAGCUUCUCUCUGAUGGACUGAAGAGUCAACACUGUAAACUGGAGACACUGAGAUUGUCUGGCUGUAUGGUGACAGAGAAAGGCUGUGGUUUUCUGUCUUCAGCUCUGACUUCAAACCCCUCACACCUAAGAGAGCUGGAUCUGAGCUACAAUCAUCCAGAUUCAGGAGUCAAGCUGCUCUCUGAACAACUGGAGGAUCCAAACUACACACUGGACAAACUCAAUCUGGAUCAUGGAGGAGACACAAGGAUUACAGCAGGACCACGCAAAUAUGUCUGUUUCCCCACACUGGAUCCAAACACAGCAAACACUAAACUCAUUCUGUCUGAGAAGAAAAGAGAGGUGAAGCGUGUGAGAGAGAAUCAGUCGUAUCCUGAUCAUCCAGACAGAUUUGAUGGUGUGUAUCAAGUGUUGUGCAGAGAGAGUGUUUGUGGACGCUGUUACUGGGAGACUGACUGCAGUGAAGAUGAUGCUGUGUGUAUAUCAGUGUCAUAUAAGAGCAUCAGGAGGAAGGGAGGAGGUGAUGAGUGCUGGUUUGGAUCUAAUGCUCAGUCCUGGAGUUUGUUCUGCUCUCCCUUCAGAUUCAUAUUCUGGCACAAUAACACACGUACUGAUCUCUCAGUAACUCUGCUCAGCAGGAGAAUAGGAGUGUUUGUGGAUCACAGUGCAGGAACUCUGAUCUUCUACAACAUCUAUAGAGACACAAUGAGCCUCAUCCACUCAGUCCAGACCACAUUCACUGAGCCGCUCUGGCCUGGGUUUGUAGUUUAUCCUGGAUCAUCGGUGAAACUGAGCUGAAGACUGAUGAGAGAUUUACCCAGAAUCCUCUACAGGAGCAAUCAGCAGCUGUGUGUGUGUGAGAGAGAGAAACUGUGUGUGUGUGUGUGUGUGUGUGUGUGUGUGUGUGUGUG